AUGGCAGGCGGUCCCGGCAUUCGACCUCACGUCGCUCCCAUCUACAGAUUCACCGCCACCGCUCUGGGCGCAAGCAUGUGGUUCUUCUUGAUGUACCGCGCGAAGAAGGAUGGUCCCGUUCUCAUGGGCUGGAAGCACCCUUGGGACCACUAG